AUGGAGCCACCUGCUGAGAGUGUCAAGGUAAUUGACAAAUCUCCGAAUGGGAUCAAUUCAACAGACCAAUGGUGCAAGCCCGAGUAUGACACCCCUCUAUCCGCCAUUGUGCGGCGCAAUGAUGUAAACGCCCUCCAAGAGUAUCUUUCCGAGUACCCAUACAAGCUCAAGGGCCCGGGGGCAACGUACGACUUUUCGGGAUUUUGGCCUGAUGCUUUUGACUAUGCAGCUACCUGGGGAGCUACUUCAGUGCUCGAGUUCCUUCUGGACUACGAGCGACAGCAUCCUGAGAAGAACUUCCGCUUCCGCCCAGGUGAUUAUGGUCUGCUCAAUAUCAGCUGCCUUCACGGGCAUCUAGAUACAGUGCGCUUUCUGUUGGACCAGUCUCAGGACAUUGCUGCCGACCUCAGAUUCCGUGACGCUGAUGGCUGGACGCCCUUGUUAGCUGCUGCAAAAGCAUUAGGUAAACAAGGGGUAUUCACAAACCAUUGCGAGGAGAUCAUGACACUGCUCCUCAACCGAGGUGCACCGGCCAACGACGUGCGCCAGCGUCGGUUCGUGCUACACGACGGCGAAUAUCUUGACGUCGAUCGUCGGAGACGCUGGUCGGAGGAUUAUGCGACCGAAGAGGAGAUGGCAGAGGACCCGAUGCUCAAUCGUACCCUGCCUGGCAAGGUGUCAACUCACAUUGUCGACACCGUGCUUAGUUUAGCUGUGAAGAGGGCGCGCCCGGCCAUGAUACGGCGCCUAAUUGACGGGGGAGCUGACGUCCACGCGCAGUUGUUCAUUCCACUAGAAGGGGAUGUCGGAUUGACUCCACUGCAUAUUGCGGCAGGCUAUUACAAUGUCCAAGCCAUCGAGGUCCUGUACGAAAAGUGCGGCACUGACUUUGACGAUAUGGUCAGGAAACACGAUUCCUUUGGCAGGACACCGUUACAUGAGGCGGCUGAUGGACAGUGGACCCUGCUUCCCAAGGAGCAGGUCUUUGCCCAGGGCAUCGCUACCUUUUCAUUCCUACUUCCUCACUGUUCAGCUGAUCUUGUCAAUGCACGAGAUGGAAACGACUAUACGGCAUUGCAGUAUAUAAUGCGGGUUUUUGAGGGUGCAUCGUGCGUCACGGCAGAUCAACGCACACUACAUAUCCAUACAGCCAGACAGCUUCUCAAGCAUGGUGCCGAUCCUAACGUCAAGAUGGCGGACGGUAGGAGCAUUCUCCAUGUACUGGCAGACUUGAUUCCGAUAGAUGGGAAAGUUCACGAAGAACUGUAG